UUAGUAUCCUAAACAAACAACUAAUUCAAAAUGUACUCCAAGGUGUUGUGUUUGGCUGCCCUCAUCGCCGUGGUUGUCGCGCACGAUCACGCACCAGCUUACUCUUCGCAGCACGUCUCCAAACAUGAUGGCAAACCUGAAAUUGUGCAUGUUGGACACGAGGGACACGGACAUGUUGACUACCAUACUCAUCCCAAGUACACCUUCGAGUACAAAGUAGAAGACCAUCACACAGGAGACAUCAAGUCCCAACACGAGACCCGUGAUGGCGAUGUUGUCAAGGGACACUACAGCCUGCACCAGCCCGACGGUUCCGAGAGGAAUGUCCAUUACGAGGCCGACAAACACACUGGUUUCCACGCUGACGUGAAAUUCGACGUGCAUCACGUUCAUCCCAAACAUCAUUUCUAG